ACAGAAAUAAUGACACCUACAUAUCACUAAUAUUUUAUCUCCAUAUCGAGAACGUCAAAGAAAAUGGCAAUUGUAUGGAGUAAAACAUGUCGUCGUCGUCCCCCCCCCCCCCCCCCGCUCCCCCAAGUGCGUUUUCACAUUAUCCGAUCCGAUAUCGGAUGUCGGAAGGAUUACAAUGGAAAAAAUCCAAGAUGGCGCCUGUCCCAUACAUUGGAUAUCGGUCCUACAUCCGAUAUCGGAUCAGAUAAUAUGAAAACGCACAGUCUAAAAGCAAAAACUACAUAAGUACAUUUUCCGUGACGUUCUUCGGUAUUACGUAACAACAUAUUAAGAACAUAUAGAAAGCCAAUAAAAACUAAGAUUGUGCCCAAUGUGCCCAUAUCGUAUAUAUAACAUUUAUCUCUCUCCCUGUUAACUUAACCAUUGUAUAACCUUUAUUGUAUCCAACAUUUAUCACAAUUUUCAAAGCUUUUAAAAAAGAAGCUCGAACAGCUCCAGUUGUCUAGUCUAUGGCAUCCGGUACGACAAGUCAUUAACUUUUUUGUGCACCAACAUUGUCACGUUACUCUCAGAAAAUCAUCAGAAAAUAUUGUUUUAUUAAAUUGUUUAAAUAAAUAUGCAGUGAAUAACUAUGUCAAAGUUAUGUAGACAAGUGAUUACAGUGAAAAUGAGUGUGAUUGACAGGCAAAAUCAUGUUCUUAGCGGUGAUCCGCCUAAUGUAAACAAUGCGCCGGCGGCGGUCCGGCGCUCACUCCACAGCGACUCGUAUUCAGUUUUGAGACUUAUGUUUUAAACAAGUAAGGUAACAAGAACCUCAGGUAUGUUGCGUUUAUUGUUAUAUAAUAACCAAACAAGAUUAUUUAGACAAAUCUCAGUGUCAUACAUUCAUAUAUCGAAAUGGCGGAAGAGUACAACUUCCGUUUUGUUUUACUGUCAAACUCUAUUGUUUGGAUCAACACCGUCUCAUGGACAGAGUAUCAUACCGUCUCUUUCUUUCGCUGUUAUUAACCAUACUUUAGAAAGAGUGGGUUAUACUUUACCGUACUAGUAAUACUGACUGACGCUUUAUGUGUGCCAGACUUUAUGACCAAAACGUUUGAAUUGUUUAUAUAUAUAUUUUUUUUUCUAUGCUGGCACUUUCCGGUUGCCCAUAAACUAUGUUCGUUUUUUCUCUCGUUUGAAUACUGGUCUCGAAGUAAAACUAUCGUUAACAAGUGCGUCGAAAUUACUCUUAUUUUUUCGCGAGUGCUGUUAAAAUGGGAAAAAGGAAGAGAGAUAAAGAAAAAGAUGAAGUUUAUAUUAAGAAAAAGAUAAAAAAACUUCAAGAAAAGCUGCAAAGACAUUCCGUCGAACCAGAUCGCAGUUCUACUCCUCCUGUACAACCGCAGUCGAAGACUCCGCAGCAGCCGCCGACAGAAGACUCUUCACCAUCACCGGCGUCUUCACCGUUGCAUACUAGGCCACACGAUGACCCUGAUAUAAAUGCAGAAAUUGUGGACGAUGAACUCCCUGAGGAGUUCCUACUUGCUCUGGGGACUGAAGGUCAGGAACAGGCAAAAGUUGGAAACCCUAUCAGACCUGAAUUGGCCUCCCGCUGGACAAAAAUUAUGAAUGACGGCUUGGAUUGUGCUGACAAGAUCAGAGCUGCACAAACAAUCCAGAAAACUUCAAAUACUAUUAAGAACCAUCCAGAGAAAGAAAAGAAGCAGCAGAAACAAGCAGCAAAUAACAAACAGUUCAAGCAGUUAAACUGGAAGAGCCCACCACAAUACAAGAUGUCCAUCCCCUACAUCGUCAUCUUACCCUGGCUGCCGGGCUGCUAUCGGCGAGGCGUACAGUAG